GGAAGAGCAGGCGUCAACUCAAUGCGUCUUGCCUUGUCACCUCAUCUGAAAGACUGACCUGAAACCAUACUCAGGUGGAAUCGUACUGGUGGUCUACAUGGUCACACGGCGGGUCGCACGGGGGGUGAAGCGUCUAGUCCCACGUCUACUGGCGACACGGCAUUCUUCAGUUUCCAGGACAUGGCAGCCCUCUGUAUUUCAAUUUCUUACGACAUGUCGCUCCCGCGGACUCACUUCUCUCUCUCAUGAUCGCAUAUCUUUCUUGACUUGCGAACGACGGAGGUGGCGACAGGAGACGGCGAUUGGCCAAAAGCGACAAACAGGCACUGCGACUGCAUCUGAAGUGUCAAAACCAUCUGCUAUUGAAGAGCUCUCUGGACGCGAUCUCGUGCUUUCUCCGCCGGCUCUAGUAGUAACACGAGAAUAUGAAUGGGCAAAUAUUCUCGUUGGCUUCGAGCAAGCAAAUAAAUACACAAUCCGAGCAGCCCCUGGGGGGCAAGUGGUCGGGUACCUCGCUGAGGUAACAAUCUGUUGGGCGUGCAAUAACCAGAAAUAUUCUCAAGACUCGUCGCCCAUUUAAAGCGACAGUUUU